AUGGAAGGAUCUAAGGUAGCCGAGUUCUUUGCUGGCAAGUCUGUAUUCCUCACUGGAGCUACUGGCUUUUGUGGACAAGCAAUCCUAGCCAAGAUCCUACGAUCCACCGACGUAGAAUGUGUCUACCUGCUAGUCCGUGCUAAAAAAGGCGUUUCGCCCCGAGAACGUGUAGUAAAGACUCUGGAAGCUCCGAUCUUUGAAGAGCUCCGAGGUGACAGACUCGAGUCUACCAUCAGCCGCAUAGUCUGUGUCUCUGGUGAUAUGAUGGCUCCAGGUCUCGGACUGUCUCGUGAAGAUCGCCAACUGUUGCGAGAAAAAGUAAAUGUAAUCAUCAACGGUGCUGCUAUUGUUGCAUGGAACCGUACAUUGGAUGUAUACGUGCAAAUGCAUAUUGGAGGUGUCUCAAGAAUCAUGGAUCUAGCCCGUGAAUGCCAUGACUUACAUGCCUUUGUCCACAUCUCGACUGCUUACUGCCACUCCGAACGUACUCGUAUUGAAGAGAAGGUAUACCCCUCGGAUGUCCCUCCUGCUGACUUGCUCAAGGCUCUGGAAUGGAUGACUCCUCAAAUGUGGGAAAACCUCAAACCGCAAUUGUUGGGAAACAAGGCUAACAGCUACACUUGGACCAAAGCUGUCGCUGAAGCUUACAUUGAACAAUACCGUGGCUCCCUCCCAACUGCCAUAGUCAGACCCUCUAUUGUCACCUCAGUCUGGAAGGAUGGUUGCGUCGGCUGGGUCGACGGUUUCCAAGGUCUAACUGGUGGUAUAGUCGGUGGUUGUAUUGGUGCCCUCCGCUGCAUGCACGGAAACGGUGACAACAUUGCCGACUUGAUCCCCGUCGACGUCGUAGCCAACUGUGUCAUUGCUGUCGCAUGGCGUACUGCCCGGUUAUGUGGCAGCUACUCGUAUGAAGAUAGUAAGCUGGAAGGGCUGAAGGAGGAUAAAAUCGUAAAGUCAAUGCCAUUGCCUGUUAUGCCAAUCAUUGAAGAUGAUGAAAGUGACCACAAGUCAUACCCAUCAGGCAACUCUGAACCACGUAGCUCAGAGGCCGGUGACUCGACCAAGACUGCUGUCUCGCCAUCUCAUCCACUACUGGUAUACAACUGUACCUCUGGUGAAUUCAACCCAGUCACAUGGACUCAAUUCAUGAGGACUUAUAUGAAGGAAGCCUCUAAGACCGUAGUCCUUAACCCCCGUCUCCGAGCCCCCAACUUUAAGGUCCACAAAUCAGCAGCCAUGAACAAGCUCCACGAAUUCUUGGCCCAUAAAUGCUUUGCCAUGGUAGUUGACCCAAUCUUGAUUGUGUCAGGAAAGGGACCUAUGCUUCACAAGGCAUAUCGUCGUUGGGAGAUGGCAAAGGAUGAUCUUGGAACUAUGACUGAAGUCAACAACCCAUGGGAGGUUGAGAAUAUGAGGGCGUUGAUUGCUGAUUUGGGUAAAGGAUCAAAGGAUUCUGAUGCAUUUGGUGUUGAUGUUACUGAUAUCAAUUGGGCUGCGUAUUGUUUGGACUACACUCGUGGUGUUAAGAUCCAUCUCCUUAAACAAAAGCCAUAA